CUCGCGUCCCCUCUCUGGAGCUCAGUCGCAGUCACAAGCUCGCCGCCAGCAGAGCCGCGCUGUCCCCGGCAUCCCAGAGCAUCGCGACCCGUGGACCUGGGACCUCGAACCCAAGACGAGCGCGCUCGGGCCAGGCACUAGGAACGCUUGCGUUUCUGCAGGGAGCGCGGUGACUGUCCUUGAGCGUGGAGGGGCGAGCUCGCCGGCGGAGCGACCGAGCAAGAGGAGGCGCAGGAGCGGCGGCGCCCGAGCACCCGAGGGGGUCCGAGUCCAGGCAGCCGGCCAGACACGCGCCACAAAGGGAGCGCCCCCGCCACCCGGCACGCCGCCUCCCUCCCCAAUGUCCUCGGCCAUCGAAAGGAAGAGCCUGGACCCGUCCGAGGAACCAGUGGAUGAGGUGCUGCAGAUACCCCCAUCCCUGCUGACAUGUGGCGGCUGCCAGCAGAACAUAGGGGACCGCUACUUCCUGAAAGCCAUCGACCAGUACUGGCAUGAGGAUUGCCUCAGCUGUGACCUCUGUGGGUGCCGGCUGGGAGAGGUGGGGCGGCGCCUUUACUACAAGCUGGGACGGAAGUUGUGCAGGAGAGACUAUCUCAGGCUUUUUGGUCAAGAUGGUCUCUGCGCUUCCUGUGACAAGCGGAUCCGUGCCUAUGAGAUGACGAUGCGGGUGAAGGACAAAGUGUACCACCUGGAGUGUUUCAAGUGUGCUGCCUGUCAGAAGCACUUCUGUGUUGGUGACAGAUACCUGCUCAUCAACUCCGACAUAGUGUGUGAACAAGACAUCUACGAGUGGACUAAGAUCAAUGGGAUGAUCUAAGCCAGAGCCGGCACCUUUGGGGAGGUGUUCUGUGGAAACACUGUCUCAGUGGGGGCUUCAUGCUUAGGCACUUUGGGAACGUGAGGGUGGGCGAGGCAUUUCUUAGGAGAUUGUGGACUCUCCUUGGGCACUAAGACAUAGCAUCCACAUGACAUACUGCAAAGGCCAGGACUUCGGUGACAAAGGGAGCAGCCCUUAGAGAGAAUUUAUUGUCACAGACUCUCCAUAGGAACUGACAAGAUUAGUGGAGGAAAUAGUUGGGGACCAGCAUGCACUGUGCCAUCAUGAUGGGUCUUCCCAGAUAGGCAGUGCUGGGUAGAGAUUAGGAGUGACCGUGGCGCUUAUGGACUAGAGGUGUGCAAUUAAUUUCUUCCUGGCUUUGGAACUACCCUAUUCCAGCCACUGUCCUUCACACUAGGAAAGGAAAGAGAGAAGAGUAGUCUUUCUUUUUUUUUCUUGGUCACCUUCCCAUGGCCUAAAGCUUUGGAGCCAGGGGAAACUGCAUGGAAAUACAUUUCAGUUGGGAAUGAAAUACACAUCUUUCAAUCAAACAAAUAUUUAAAGCAAUGUUGAUGAAUCACUGUUUUUAGACACCUUCAUUUUGAGGUGAGGCACCCCCACAGAUUGUUUCUAUAUAAAUGUAAAUCUUAAGAAGUCAAAGUUGUUCAACUAUUUUAUUAUCUUAGAUUAUAUCAAAGUAUUUGUUGUGUGUCAUUAAAAAGAAAAAAAAAAAGACCUUGAUUCUGAAGACAAUAAAAAUGACAAGCUAAAAUGCAA